GGUAAUACCCCUUACACAACUCUAAACGAACAGCCAUAUACACACAUGAAGUGAACUAUGGAAAAACGAGGAAUUAAGGGAUUAUUCCACACUCAUGGAUUCCUCUGUGCAUCUCAUCCUGUUGAAGUUCUACUUCUUUGUAUAACUGGGACCGUGUGUUUAUUAACGUUGAGCAUUUACGACGCAACACAUUUUGAAACUUCAGAAGGAAGACUGUCGGUUCCAGUACAAAAUGGGAAAGUGCCAUUACCCACAGGGAUCCAUGUUCAUGUUAGCACUACAAGUUAUUUUCUCGCUCUACUCUGUGUGUUUCUUCAAUGCAAGAAGCUGCUUAACACUGGGUCUAGGUAUUUAGUAGGAAUUGUUAGUAUAUUCUCUGUAUUUUCCUGUUUGGUGUAUACUUCCGUCAUUGGUAAUAUCUUUGGUGGAGAAUUAGCUGUUUUAAGAGAGGCUCUACCAUUCUUCUUCCUUCUGAAUGACUUCUUUGCAGUUGGAACUCUUGCAAAGACUGCUCUGCUUGCCAACUCCUAUGAAGACACACCCAUCAAGAUAGCACAAGGUGUUAGCACCCUUGGGCCAUCAAUGACACUUAACACCCUAGUUGGCACCCUCGUCAUAGGUGUUGGCACCCUGUCAGGGGUAGAAGAGUUGGAGACGGCAAGUAACUUUGGCUGUCUGGCAUUGCUGACGCAUUAUUUGAUCUUCAUGACAUUCUUGCCUGCCUGCCUAUCCCUCUUUCUUGAGCUGUGUGAUAGGGGGAAAAAUGCCCCCCAGUGGCUUGAUGGUGUUGACUACACCCCUGACGUCCAUGAGCAUGUGCCAAACCCCCUACUACAGCACGUCAAGAUUAUCAUGUCUGCAGGCUUGAUGUUUGUGCAUGUUCACAGUCGUCUCAUUAAGCCUCACCAAGGCACUGGCUUGGGCGUGUCUCAUCAGCAAGACAGUGACGACUGGCUGUCAAGAUUUCUUGCUGUAAAUGCAGAACAUGUGCUAGCAGUUGUCUUGGCCCUGUUGGUUGCAACGAAGUACUUUUACAAUGAAAAAGAUGACUCGACACCACUGCUUGAGUCAGAGGAAACAGCAAAAAGCAGAGCAACCUCAAUGCCAGUCAUACAGACCUGUCAUUCGCCAAACGCUGACAGGCUGCUGCCGGGGGUAACCGGGAUUGUGAGAAAGCGAAGGUCUACGUUUACAAUUGGUGAUGGGGAAUUCCUUGGGAAAGAAAUUAUUGGUUCUAUCAGUGAGAAUUUGCAGAAAGAUCUGCUACCUCUACCAGCUGCGAAUAAACCUGAGGCUUUCUUGCUGAAGAUUCCUGAAAAGUCCUCUAACUCACCAUUAAAAAAGACAUUCUCAUUUCCACACCAGAAACUUAGGAGUCACUCAAUUAGGAAGAAUGCUGUGGUGCCGAGCAAUGAUAUUAUUGUUGACAAAGAACAAUCUGAACCACAAACCACCUCACAGAGCCAGCCAUUAAAGACCACAACUGAUGUGAAGACUAAGCCAGUAGAAGAGAAUACGAGCCCGGUAGCUAUGGCAACAAGUGGAUCUGUUUCCAUGGUGACAAAAUUGUCUGGGAGUGCUUCUGAUGAAGUGUCACCAAUGAGGAGUUUAGAGGAGUGCAGACGAAUUAUGAAAGAAUCGGAUGGUGUGUUUCGACUAUCUGAUGAGGAGAUCUGCAUGCUGGUGGAACAAAAGGCUAUCCCAGGCUACCAGCUGGAAUCAGCCUUGCAGGACUUCUCAAGGGCUGUUGCAAUAAGGCGCAUGGUGACCGCCAGGAAGAUCAGCAAGAGAAGUGAUGCUCUAGCAGAGCUACCAUACGAUCACUAUGACUACACAAGAGUCUCGGGAGCAUGUUGCGAAAACGUUAUAGGCUACAUGCCAAUACCCGUGGGGGUGGCGGGCCCUCUGCUUUUGGACGGACAACAAUUCUUUGUUCCCAUGGCAACAACUGAAGGAUGUUUAGUAGCAAGCACAAACAGAGGAUGCAGUGCUCUUAUGAAAAGUGGCGGUGUACGUAGCAGUAUCAUUGGUAAUGGGAUGACAAGGGGCCCCGUUAUGAGGUUACCAUCUGCUAUGCAAGCAAGCGAAGUAAAGUUAUGGCUGGAAGAUGAGCUCAACUUCCAAGAAAUCAAAACAGUGUUUGAUAGCACCAGCAGGUUUGCUCGACUGACCUCUAUUAAGUGUGCAGUAGCUGGAAGGCUGCUGUUUACUCGGUUUGUCGCUACUACUGGAGAUGCAAUGGGCAUGAAUAUGCUUUCCAAGGGAACGGAGAAGGCCUUGCAACAUCUCCAGGAGCACUUUGAGUCAAUUGAGGUGAUCAGCUUAAGUGGUAACUACUGCACAGAUAAGAAAGCUACCUCUAUCAACUGGAUAGAGGGGCGUGGCAAGUCUGUGGUGUGCGAGGCCAUCAUCUCUGGAAACAUUGUUACUAAGGUCCUUAAGACCACCGUGUCCUCAUUGUCUGAGCUCAACAUUAGCAAGAACCUCGUCGGAUCAGCCAUGGCGGGUGCUAUCGGAGGAUUUAACGCGCAUGCUGCAAAUAUCGUAACUGCUGUCUUUAUCGCUACAGGACAGGAUCCGGCACAAAAUGUGUCUAGCAGUAACUGUAUCACCCUGAUGGAGCCAUGCGGACCGCGUAUGGAAGACCUGUACAUCAGUUGCACCAUGCCAUCUAUUGAAGUAGGAACUGUGGGUGGCGGCACCAUACUACAGCCUCAAGCCAGCUGCCUCAAGAUGUUAGGUGUGCAGGGAGCAAGUAAAGUUGAACCAGGACAGAAUGCAGCACAGCUUGCUCGGAUCGUCUGCGCGACAGUCCUAGCCGGUGAAUUGUCUCUGCUUUCUGCCCUAGCUGCUGGCCACCUUGUCCGCAGUCACCUAAAGCACAACAGAUCAACGAUCAAUCUAAUGACUUCUGAGGACGUUUUGAAAAAGUGUGCAGUAUUAUGACAGGUGACAUGCCGGGUGCCAUGACAACAGAGGUCCCCUUGGAUCCGCCACUGCACUUGAGUGGAGUAAUGGUAAUAUUUUAUGGAAAUAUAGAGUAAUUAUAAAUGAUGGUAUUUUAUGAAGAUUAAUUUUGUAUGGUAUGUCAUCAAUACCAAAUGAUUGAAUUCCACAUACUCUUCAGUCGAGAUUGUAAAAAUGUAAGUUUUAUAUUAUUUAUUAUUUACUGAAAGUGAACAUAAGAUUGCAUGAAGUCAAAUAAAGAUUACACAAAGAG